AUGGCCAACGCUCCCCAGCUAAGCACAAACGAUCUCUCCGUGUUGAGCGCAAUCUUCGAUCCCGAAGGGACACCAUCAGAGAUACCCUACCAACCAUGCUCGUUUGCCUCAAGCACUGUUGCAGAUACCGAGGAGCCUUCUGAGAGUGCCAUUCGAACCACAAUUGCCGCUCUAGAUGACCUUCUCGAUGAGUACCCACGCUACGCUUCAGCAUACAACAACCGUGCGCAAGCUAGGCGCAUGCUUGAACGCUGUGGAGAUGCACGAUACUCUGCCGAAGACACGAGGCUCAUCUUGGAUGACUUGGACGUCGCCAUUCGCCUAGCUUCCCAAAACAACACUUCGGCGAAGGAGGCCAAAGUAUUAGCCGCAGCCCAUACACACCGCGGCCACUUGUUAUACAGAGCAUCGAAAGAUCAGAGCCUUGCCGGACCCCUUUCAGCGACAAACGGGCGAUCAAUAUCCGACAGCGGGACCCUGGAGGAGGAGGCCAGCAAAGAAUUUGCGCUCGGUGGCCGAUACGGGAACAAGAUUGCAAAGCAGAUGGCGGUCCAGACAAAUCCAUACGCGAAGCUUUGUGGUCAGAUGGUGAAACGGGCAUUGAACAAGGAGUAUCAAGAGUGUAGUUCAUAA